AGUAAACGAAUUUACAAAAGUUCUGCUCAGAAAUAGACGAUUGUAGUGAAAAUGGAAGCUUCGGCAUUCAUUCAGCAAGAGGACGGUGUUGAAACCGCAGAUAUCUGUAAAGACCAUCUUGGCCACUCUGCCGAACAAACGGUUGGCACAGAAUUGUUAAUCAAAACUGAAGUUACGGCACCAGAUGGUGCGCACCUUUUGCAAUUGAUUGACCAACCUGAUGAUUUUUUCGAGUCAGAGGAAAAUCCAAUUGCCACCAAAUUAGAGUACGAAGAGGUCGAUAAGCAGCUGCAAACAACGAAUGAUGUUAUGGGUCUUGAACAGGAUGACCUUAACACCCAUCGUAAAAAACAUAAGCACCACCGUCCUCAUUAUUCCACAACAUAUCCAACGCAAGAAACGCCUUACUCGGGAAAGGUAAGUGCGAAAUGCGGAAAGUAA